AUGGCCGAUGUUCUGGGGAUUGUUGCCAUCAUCUUUUUCUAUGUCCUAAUCCUUGUUGUAGGGAUUUGGGCCGGUCGAAAGUCUAAGGAUGCGAAGGAUUUGGUCGGUCAAGAAGGUGCACAUACCGAAGAGGUGAUGCUGGCUGGUAGGAACAUCGGCACAUUGGUCGGAAUAUUUACGAUGACAGCUACAUGGGUUGGAGGCGCAUACAUCAACGGUACUGCCGAAGCACUGUACAAUGGAGGUGUGCUUGGUUGCCAGGCACCAGUCGGCUACGCCUUAUCGCUUGUCAUGGGAGGAUUGUUGUUUGCGAAAAGAAUGAGGGAAGAAGGAUAUGUCACUAUGCUGGAUCCUUUCCAAAUCAAAUAUGGCCAGAGAGUUGGUGGACUUAUGUUUUUACCGGCGCUUCUUGGCGAAGUUUUCUGGAGCGCAGCGAUUUUAUCAGCACUCGGAGCAACUCUGUCCGUAAUUCUACAAAUAGAUAUGAACGUCUCCGUAAUAAUUUCCGCUCUUAUUGCCGUUUUUUACACGUUCACUGGUGGAUUGUACGCUGUUGCCUACACUGACGUUGUUCAACUCUUCUGUAUCUUCGUUGGGCUGUGGGUUUGCGUACCAGCUGCUCUUCUUCAAGAGGCAACGAAGGAUAUUAGUCGUAAUGCAGAGGAUUGGCUUGGAGAGAUAGGUGGUUACAAGGAAACAUGGCUAUGGAUCGAUUGCAUGCUCCUGCUUGUAUUCGGAGGCAUCCCAUGGCAGGUUUACUUUCAACGAGUGCUCUCAUCCAAAACAUCUUCUGGAGCGCAAAGCCUUUCAUUCGUUGCUGGAGUCGGAUGUCUAGUUAUGGCUAUUCCACCUGCACUAAUUGGAGCUAUCGCUCGUAACACAGAUUGGCGAUUAACGGACUAUUCACCUUGGAACAACGGGACAAAGGUUGAAGCAAUACCGGAGGAUAAGCGAAACAUGGUCGUACCUCUUGUGUUCCAAUAUCUCACACCAAAAUGGGUCGCAUUUAUAGGUCUGGGAGCAGUAUCAGCAGCAGUGAUGUCGUCAGCUGACUCCUCAGUUCUCUCUGCUGCAUCCAUGUUCGCGCACAAUAUUUGGAAGUUGACCAUAAGGCCGGAUGCUUCCGAGAAGGAAGUGAUUCUCGUGAUGAGAUUUGCUAUUGUGGCAGUUGGUGUGAUGGCUACCGUAAUGGCCUUGACAAUUCAAAGCAUCUAUGGUUUAUGGUACCUGUGCGCUGAUCUUGUUUACGUUAUUUUAUUCCCCCAACUUUUAUGUGUUGUUUACAAAAAGGAUAGCAAUACGUACGGUUCACUUGCUGGUUACGCAGUUGGUCUCAUCCUUCGACUUUCUGGUGGCGAGCCGCUUUUGGGUCUUCCAGCUCUGGUACAUUAUCCGAUGUACGAAGAUGGCGUACAAUAUUUCCCUUUUAAAACUGGUGCCAUGAUCACAUCUCUACUCACUAUCAUAGGCGUGUCUCGCCUAAGCACACAUUUGUUCAUGUUGGGUCAUUUAUCGCCAGAACUGGAUGUGCUCGGUUGUGUUGUUGUUCCACCGGAGCGGAUUCCGCUGCCAUCAGACGUUUCAUUUAACGCUAGUAGCGAUACAUUAGCUAUGAACAAAGCAGUGAAUGGAAAUGGAGCGCACAACGCAACAUUCACCGAAACCUCUUUUUUGCAUCCGAAUUAUGCGGAGCAAAAUUACUUGUCGACCAAUUCCGGCUAA